AUACCUGUCAAACAACAAUCUGGUGUGGAUUGCCCAAGACGCCUUUCAAGAACAAAAAAUGUUGGAACAGCUGCAUUUGCGAGGAAACCAGUUUCGCUGUGAUUGUUCAGUUCGUCCUCUGAUUGAGAACUUUCUCAGAACCAAUAGACUGGAUAUUUUGCUUCGCUCUGGAGCGACUUGCUACGUGCCUGAUGGAACAACAAGACCAGCUCAGAGUGCGCUAGAUGCACGACUGUUGUCUACAGUGGAAUGUUCUGCAAAUGAUGAAAGCCCCGCCAGACCUCCAAAGAUGUGUAAACCAAAAACCUCGGUAAGCUGUUCGACGGUGUGCGAUUGUUCAAUGGAUCGCGCUGCAAACUGCCAACGGCAUGAACUAACUAGUGUGCCACAAGAUUUGCCGAGUGAAAUUAUGGAACUGAACUUGGCUCACAAUCACAUUGAAACCCUAAAUAUAAGCUCCUUCCAAAACUACAGAAAUUUGAGAAAAAUAGUCCUAGACAGCAAUCGUAUAUCACAUGUGGACCCGAACACGUUUUCACAUCUGAAGAAACUGUCCUCACUAUAUAUGAGUUCAAACAAACUCCAACUGUUGCCACCAGGACUCUUCGUCGGGCUGGACAGUUUGCGGAUAUUGUACCUGCACAGAAACAAAAUUUCUUGCUUACAGCGGGGGUCUUUCGAAGGACUGGAAAACUUACAGAUACUACAUUUGUCAGAAAAUCGCAUUCAGACGUUUCCAAAAGGAAGCUUUGAAGACCUUAGACGUCUCAAAUACCUGUACUUGGUGCAUAAUCCACUGAUCUGCGAUUGUCGCCUGGCUUGGUUACCACCGAUUCUGGUCGAAAAAGAGGCCGGCGGUACUCAGUGGGCAAGGUGCGCAGAACCUCUCUCACUUCAAGGUCAUCACGUGCGUGAAGUGGUACAGAAGAUGCUCCGAUGUGACGCUCAAACGGGACCAGAUGAUGACAAUUCCUUGUGCACACCAGAACGUCUUCAGUGUCCAUCUGGAUGCCGGUGCACGGAAAUCACAUCAACCCCGUUGCUACACGCACGACCCGAUGCAGCCUACAGACCAGAUGAACUGGGGCUGAUUUCCGAUGGAUUGAGCGUUGACUGCUCGCAUCUAGGACUAACGGAACUGCCGAAAACCCUGCCAUCAAACACUCGGGAACUCGAGACUCGUGGUCCCUCAAAUGACUGGGAGAAGUGGUGGUUAGGGAAAGCCUACGGAAUGGAAAAGAAUGCAGCGGCUGGAAAUAUUUGGACGCUUCUCCAAAUUGUUCGCAACACCGAACCGGGGGAACCGAUGGCCAAUGAAGCCAUUAUCAUGGAAGGCAACUCAAAGAUUCAUUCAAAUUCCCAUUGUCUGCCCUGAAAUCUUCGAGGAAACCAGAUUAAAGAGAUCAAGUCCUUCUCUGCUCUCACUGGACUGAAAGGUCUGCAAAACCUCAUUCUGGACGGAAACCAACUGGAGCGAAUCGACCCGUUUGCAUUUGAAAGUAAUACAAAGUUAAAGAAACUAAUUUUGAGCAACAACUCACUGACAACAUUCGACCAUCGUAUCCUUAAAGGUUUGGAAAACUUGGAAAUACUAUUACUUCAACACAAUCAGCUGGGCUGUUUGAAUAACUUUACGUUCAGCCAUGUACCAUCCGUGAAAAUCGUUAUGCUUAAUAACAAUAAGCUACGCUGCAUUGCAAAGGGAAUUUUCGAAAAGCUGAAUCUGGAGUCUCUGAGCAUCAGUUCUAAUCCACUGAAAUGUGAUUGUCACCUCAGUUGGCUUCCGGACUGGCUGCGCGAGAAUGUGGACCAAGUCAUUUCUGGUCCUUCUCCGCCGACUUGUGUUGAACCGGAAGAUCUCGCGGGGACACCUUUGGCCAGUUUGGCUCGUUAUCACUUCACAUGCAACAAGCCGGGCGAGGAAUGUGGCGCAAAUUCCAAGAUAACGCGCCCUACAGAAGAACGCGUUACAAGAUGGCCUUGCACCACCAGUCGUUCUGUGUGUUGUGAAGACCCACUGACAACGGAGCGGUCAAAGUGUCCCGAUCGAUGUACGUGUGAAUCUGACGGCGUGUACUGUUCGGAUCUCGGUUUAACUGAGAUUCCUGAAAACAUUCCAGAAAACACAACAAAACUAGUACUCAGUUACAAUGAAAUCCGAGAGCUGCAGGAAAAUGCUUUCUCAACUCUGAAAAGUUUAAAGACACUAGCUCUGGGACAGAAUCCAUUUCACUGUGACUGCAACGGAAAGUGGCUCAACAGCUUCUUUCGCCAACAGUUUUUGGACAACGGUGUUGCUCUUUGCCACAGUCCAGCAAAUAUGCAAUACAAAUCGUUGUACCACUCGAAACCUGGAGAUUUUGUUUGUCCUUGGAAACGACGUUACCGACGGAGAGCUAGUCUAAGUUCCGUAAACUCGACACAAUCUGGUGAAGAUCUAACAAGUGCAUUGCUUGUGGAUGAUCACGGUAUUGAUGACCUUGAGAUACCUGAAGAUGCCUGGAGUGACACAUUGGAACUGAGAAGAGACGGCCAAUUCAGUGCAGAAGAGAAGGAAUCGUUACAGAUUGCAGCCAAGUGUAGUCCAUGUAUGAUCAAUCCUUGUGCUCACAAUGGACAGUGUAUUCCGAUGGGUCAGCUCAACUAUCGGUGUCAGUGCAAGUCACCCUACCACGGAACACAGUGCAACCUGCAGGAACACGUCUGUGCGGUCAAUCCAUGUCAGAAUGGUGGGACGUGUGAAACAACGCCGUACUCUAUUGCGUUUAGAUGUGUUUGUCCAAAAGACUUCCGGGGUCCAACGUGUGCUGAACGUAUCAACAGUUGUUCACAUAACUACUGCCUCAACGGUGGCACUUGCGAGCAGCUGGGAUCCGAUUUUCGAUGUAACUGUCCACCAGAGUUUCACGGCAAAACCUGUCAGCGCGCAGUCAUCUACUGCGAAGAUGUCAAUCCCUGCUUGAACGGAGCGACCUGCACGCAACUUCCCGGAAACAAAUAUAGAUGCGAAUGUGAACGUGGUUGGUCCGGAAAGAAUUGUCAUAUCAAUCAAGAUGACUGUCUGUACAACCGGUGUGAAAAUGGAGCCACAUGUGUGGACGGAAUCAAUGAAUACAUAUGCAAGUGUCGACCAGGUUAUGCAGGCGUUUACUGCGAACGUCCAACGUGGAACCCGGAGAACCAUGUUACCCGCAUGGAUAGACGUGUAUCGGCAGCGCGUAGAAAUCAGGGCGUUGGCUCUUCCCAAGUUCGACACUCCCCAAUCAAGAUCCGAUCACUUUCCAUUCCACACUUGGAAACCCCGUGUGCAUACCACCAGUGCCAAAACAUGGCGACCUGUGUGGAUAGCCAAACGGAUGGCUAUCAAUGCCGGUGCCAACCUGGAUUUAGCGGGCAGUACUGCGAGAACCUGUUCUCCAUCAGUCUUCCAAGCCCCCAUUCAUACAUUGCAAUUGUCCCACCUAGCCGCGGUGCCCUUGUCCCACGGGGUUCACUCGGCUUGAAAAUGGCUACACACACAUCUUCCGGGGUGGUCAUGUAUUAUGCCGAGACUGUGCAGACCGAACACGGGGAAGUUCCGGCGCAUUAUCUGAUGAUGGAUUUGACUGAUGGCUACUUGAGGGCCAUGUUAUCAAUCAACCGGUCUGCCGUACAUCAGCAGCGGUCGACAAAAAGGAUCAAUGAUGGCAAGUUCCACAAAUUUGAGUUACACGUGGAGGGUGAAAAUUUGACCUUAUUGGUUGAUGAUCAAUGGCAGAUACAGCGCCCAACGUUUACAAUGAGCAAUUCUGUGAUCGACACGACAGCUCAUUACUUGGCACUCAACAACCCGUUGUAUUUCGGCGGAGCCCCUGCAGAUCGGUUGGAGACAGCAGGUCGAAUACUGCAUGAAAAACGAAUUCUGGGCGUAACUGGUUGUAUUCGGGAUAUACAAAUCAACGAUCGUAUGACAAAUAUUGCCCGUCUGUUCGGUGCUCCUGUUGAUCGGAUGACCGGAAGCGGGGACCGACAAUCUGAGCGCCCGUCUCCUGAGGCAAAACACCAUGGGACGGCUAUCGGAAUAUUGCCUGGAUGUGACAAGCAUCAACCAGAUGAAGAAACAGCGGAUGAGGCUGAUGAUCAAGAGCCACGACAGUCAGACAAAGAACUUCCAGACUGGACAGUCCCGAUGACCAAGAAACCGACAGGAAUAACGGCCGUACAAACUGGUACGUGUUUAAAUGGAACGUGUCAAAAUGGCGGUCAGUGCAUUGCAUUGCCGGGCGGUACUUUCAAAUGUGAAUGUACGCAAGGUUAUGCAGGAGCACACUGCGAAAUCGCUCAAACAUGCCGUCAAGAAACCCAAAAAUCUUACAUUCGCGACCCUCAUACAAACUGCAUUUCGACAAGAAAACUGACUGUCCGAAACUGUGUCGGAAUAUGUCCGUCCAACCAAACCGAUUCACCAGCAGAAUUUCCACAUGAACUCGUUUUGCGCAAGCGACGCUGGGAGAACCAAUCACAACAGAGCAUCGAAUCGGUAGUCGGUCAGACGUCAGCCACAAGUUGCUGUCAACAAUCCACAAUCAAAUAUCGCCGUGUCCGUUUCCGUUGUUUACACGGGCCCAAUUAUGACAGGACGGUGAAACUGAUCCGUGGAUGUACUUGUCAACAAUGCUUCGCGUAGAACUGGAUGUGAUGUUUUCCUGACCAGGGAUUAACACCUUCACAUGCCUGAACGUACGCCAAUCAAGCAGUUUCAACCCCGCUUGUUUUAAUCUACCUACCAUUACGUCUGUUUUUUUUUCUCGCUGAUGUAUCUUAGUUGUUUCUAUUGACUGGGGUUUCAUGCAGCUAUGCCAGCCACCACAGGCACAACCAAAGCAUUGUACAUUGUCUCACAAUACUCAUAUUCAACAACUAUCUGGGCUCAAAAGCCGCAUGAACUUAUUACGUUAUAUAUGUUACGCAGACCCAUGCAUAUAUAUCAACCAGUUUGUUCAAUUUGUUUCAGAGUAUACUCCUG